GCUGGCGCCAGGCCCUGCCCCUCCCUUGCCAGCCCUGUGUGUCUCCAAAGGGCAACAUCAGAGUGACAGUCAGUACCAUCUCCGACAGGGACUGAGUUGCUGGAGCUGGGCUGGGGCAAGGGAGAGAGCUGGCAGGCUCAGCCUUGCACCCUUCCAUGGGGCUGGCCAAGCCCCCAAGAUAAUGGCAGGCUGGGCGUCGGAGUCACCCCCUGGGCAGCCAAUGAGGUGAGGGGCCAGAGGAGCAAGGGACAGGUGAUGGGAAUCCUGGAGCUGUAGGCUGCACUUUGCUCUUUGCAUCCCAGCACAGGGUGAAACCUGAGCGCUCCAAUGGCCAACACCACAGAGCCGAACGUCUCAGAAGUUGCAGGCUCAAUCGGGUUGAUCCUGGCGGCUGUCGUGGAAGUGGGGGCACUGCUGGGCAACGGCGCAGUGCUGGUCGUGGUGCUGCGCACGCCAGGACUGCGCGACGCGCUCUACCUGGUGCACCUGUGCGUCGUGGACCUGCUGGCGGCCGCCUCCAUCAUGCCGCUGGGCCUAGUGGCCGCGCCACCGCCCGGGCUGGGCCGCGUACGCCUGGGACCCGCGUCGUGCCGCGCCGCGCGCUUCCUCUCCGCUGCGCUGCUGCCCGCCUGCACGCUCGGCGUGGCCGCACUUGGCCUAGCGCGCUACCGCCUCAUAGUGCACCCGCUGCGGCCGGGCUCGCGGCCGCCGCCGGUGCUCGUGCUCACCACCGUGUGGGCCGCCGCCGGGCUGCUGGGCGCGCUCUCCUUGCUCGGGCCGCCGCCCGCACCGCCCCCUGCUCCGGCUCGCUGCUCCGUCCUGGCCGGGGGCCUCGGACCCUUCCGACCGCUCUGGGCACUGCUGGCCUUCGCGCUGCCCGCCCUGCUGCUGCUCGGCGCCUACGGCAGCAUCUUCGUUGUGGCGCGCCGCGCCGCCCUUCGCCCUCCGCGGCCAGCGCGCGGGGCCCGGCUACGCUCCGACUCUCUGGAUAGCCGCCUGUCCAUCCUGCCGCCCCUCCGGCCUCGCUUGCCCGGGGGCAAAGCGGCCCUGGCCCCAGCGCUGGCCGUGGGCCAAUUUGCAGCCUGCUGGCUGCCUUAUGGUUGCGCGUGCCUGGCGCCCGCAGCGCGGGCCGCAGAGGCGGAGGCAGCUGUCACCUGGGUAGCCUACUCAGCCUUCGCGGCUCACCCCUUCCUGUAUGGCCUGCUGCAGCGCCCGGUGCGCUUGGCUCUGCGCCGCCUUACCCGCCGCGCGCUGCCUAGGCCUCCGCGGGCUUGUACUCCGCAGGCCUGGCACCCGCGGGCACUCCUGAAGUGCCUCCAGGGACCCCCAGAGGGCCCUGCCUUAGGCCCUUCUGAGGCACCAGAACAGGCCGCAGAGUUGGCAGGAGGGCGGAGCCUGAGUAUGCCAGGGGCCACCUGAGAGCUCCCUCCUGAGCUGGAGAAAGGAGGGUGGUUUCAGAGAGGGGCCCAACCAGCCCCCUGCACAGGGGCAACAGGUGCCUGCCAGGACUUCUGGCUCUGCAACAGGAGAAAGGGUGCCUGCAGCCUGGUGAGGCCCAAGGCUUCUGAGAGCCAGGAAUCCUGGGAUCUGGGCCCAACACUGCAUGGUCUUGUGCAGACCUAUGCUUCCUUAGGCCUCAGUUUUCCCAUCUGUGCACAGCACCAUCUCUAAGGGCCCACCAGCAUAGAUGGUUUGUGAAACUCAUGGAUGGUCCCCAGGCCAAGGGAAGAGAGAAAGUGGGCAGGGUCACAGAGAAGAUAGCCUUAAGGGCUCACAAAGUGAUGGGCCAAGUAGGGCAGGGUCUGGGUUAUAACAGUAGGAGGAACCAGUGGAGAGACUCAGAAGGACUUCUCUGACAUCUGCACCACGGAGAGGCUGGACAAAGCAACUGAAACUCCUCCAUCUGCUUCUAAAAUGCCCAGAAAACAACCGGAUCAAUUUGGUGCUAGAAGCAGCAGGCUGGAUGACUUGACCCGCAAAGGGCCCUGAAGCCCCAGAACUGGUGUGUGGAAGGGGCUGAGGUCCAACUGGGGUUGGUGGAUUCACAGAUGGAGGUCCUCUAGACCCAGCUGCACCCAUUUUCUGGAGGUUUUGCUACCCCCAACACCAGUAUUUUACAACUUCCUGGUCGCUGAGAAUAUUUAUUCAAAAACAGGGAUUGAAAAAACUGUA